AUGGAGAACGGAGCAUUAAAUCAAGGCGAAGGCAAGGAUCCUUCAUCCUUCCUGUCAGAUAUCAUUGGGUCAAGAGUCAUUGUGAAGCUCAAUAACUCUCUCGUCUUCAAAGGAGAAUUACAAUCAGUCGAUGGAUAUAUGAAUAUUGCGCUAGAGAAAUGUGAGGAAUGGGUUCAUGGAAAGAAGAAGACGGUUCAUGGAGAUGCUUUUGUGCGGGGCAAUAAUGGUGAGGAUUCUUCCUUCUGGACAUCAUCUCAAUAUGCGAAGCUAAUUCCGUUUGUCUUUUAG